UAAACAGCUCGUAUUUAUUUAAGUCUUAUUAUUUAACCUCAGUCGGGUCGAUGUAUAUAGACGCGUUCAAACGGAUCCUCUUUGAAAGGCUCAACUGCUUGAAAAGAAUGUGUGUGUGUCAGCGCCAAGGCAGCUCGUUUGCCAUGUCUAAGACAGCAGUGAAGAAGCUGCACUGGCGUUCCAAGGUGCAGGACAGCUUCGUCCCCUUGCUGGGCUCGUCGGGGGAGCUUGGGAUCGCUGUUGGUGGAGGAGCAGAUUAUGGAGAGUUUCCUUUUGUCACGUCGGCUCCGGGGGGUGGUCUCACAGUGGGGGAUAUCGUCCUAGAGAUUGGGGGAACACCGGUAUUAGGGAUGACAUUAGGAGAUGUCCGAGGAAUCCUCAACUCCUGCCCACACCCAAUCCGCAUCAAGACUGUGUCACCAGGCUCCACAUUGUGCAAGGAUCUCAGGUUGUAUCUGAGCAAGUGUUUCACACCCGGCUCAGUGGACAGCCAACUCCAGCAGGUCAUCCGAGAGAACCUCUACCUCCGUGCUGUACCUUGUACAACCAGACAGCCCAGAGAUGGAGAAAUAUCAGGGGUAGACUACAAUUUUGUCUCCAUCGAGGAGUUCUUCUCCUUGGAGGAGUCAGGAGCGCUGCUUGAGAGUGGAAAGUUCAAAGGGAAUUACUACGGCACACCUCGGCCCGUGCACAUCAGUGCAGAGAGCCCCCCCAUCACAUACCAGGAACACCGCAACCUGCUCAGAAACUUCCGCACACGCAGCAAAUCGCUCAGCAACCUGGAGAAGGCUGCAGAGGACGGCGAGAACAGCGAGGACGACUCAGGCCUGUCAGGAGGCUCUGCAGGUGUCAGCAGCGUCCCUCCGAGCCAUCGCUCUCCUGGGCGGCCCCGGGCAUCCAGCAGCGGGGAUGGUCGCAUCAUAGAGAACGGGAUCAUCGGCAGCAGGAGUGGUGCCAGGUUGAGAGGUGUGAUGCCCGAUCACUGGGAGCAGGCCUUCAGUGACCCCGGAGAAUCUCACUACAUAGACCGCACCCCAAAGAGGACAAACUGGCAGAGUCCUCGAGCCUCAAGCAGGGAGACCGUCUACAAAAAUGAAUGGUUCACGGACCAGCCUGUGGAGUUAAGGGGUUUCCCUGUCCACACACAUUUGACCAAGGGCUCCAGAGGGUUUGGUUUCAAUAUUGUUGGGGGCAGCAGGCCAAGAGAGUUCCUCCAGGUCUACAGUGUGACUUCAAGUGGACCCUCAGCACUCAAGACAGCGGACAUCCUGGUGUUCAUCAAUGACGUUUGUGUGUUGGGAGUGUCUCACAAAGAGGUGGUAGAGAUGCUGAAGUCGGUGCCUGUGGGCCACAGUGUGGAUGUAGAGGUCAGAAGAGGGUACCCAAUGCUCUACAACCCUGACGGUUGUCCCAAGCAGCCCCCGCCAAGGCUACUGGACAGCGGGGAGCCCAUCGUACCACCCACCACCACCCAGCCUCAGCCUCUUCACCAACUACCUCGCCUCCCGACACCCACCCCCCACACCCAGCACCUUAACUAUAACGGGGUCCACAGUGACGGGAGCUACAUGGAGCCAGGGGUGACUCUGGAUGCUAAUGGGAACGCCAUGGCUUUUGCCACCAGACAGCCGGUCUCGUACAGACGCUCCAGUAUGAGCAACGCUGCCUCUUCCCCUCCUGUGCGUCCUCCACGUUCCCUGAGAAGUUUAGCACGGCUGCAGUCGUUUGACCCAACGCUCGCCAGCCAGAGUGACAGUGAAGUGGUUUCUGCCAUUGGUUCACACAGAGCAUCAAUGAUCCGUAACCACAACAACAACUCCCUCUCAACGCCCCCUCAUCCUUAUCGUUACGGCACAUCCAAGUCAUCUGAGAGUGACCUGUCCACCUGCACGCUGUCGGGCUCCCGGCUGCCUCUGCCUCAGUCGCCUCGAAGGCCCUCGUCCUCCCCCGGCGGCCCCCGCAGCGCCCACUCCCGCCUCUUCAGACCGCAGACCUCACUCCUCAGACCUCCUCCCACCCCUGACAGCCCCCACCACCGUGGCUUCAACGGUUUCCAUGGCAACACCAGCCCCACUGCCAGUCCCACCAGUGUGUCCUCUCCCGGGGCGAUGAGUGUGGGCAGUGGCGGUUUCAGCGGAGGGGAGCUGGUGCCAGUGGCCUUGGCUCAGACCGAUGGAGACAGAGGACUUGGCUUCAGCGUGAUGGCUGGCGGUCCAGGAGGCAGGAUGACUAUAGUGAAGAGAGUCUGGGACAGGAAGCAGUGCAACUCCCUGCAGCCAGGGGAUGCUAUUGUCAAAAUCAACGGAGCAGAUGUCCAGAGUCUUAGUAUUGCACAGGUACAAACAGUCCUCCAGGAACACACCAGGCAGGCAGAAGUCAUCUUGUUGGUUUACAGAGGAGGCAUCUAUCAUUCAACCGUCUCCCCAGGCUCCAUACGAAGACUCCCUCCGCCUCUCCUCCACCCCCCUCCUCCACCUGUUGGUUCAGACAACUCCUCUAUGCUCCCAGAGACACUGCCUAUGCCUCGUACCUCCAUCAGCACCCCUCCCUCGCCAGCCCCAGUGCGCUCCUCGCUGAUCCAGAGCACCAGUUUCUUGGAGUCGAUUCCAGUGACACUGACCAUGGAACCUAAAGACUGGAUCAACACGGGCCUGGAGGAUGAGGCGGGCGGCGUCGCAAUGCUGGACUCAGGUCUGGAGAGGCAGGGUGGGUUACGAACUCGGCCGCUCAGAGGGUUUGAUGUGGAGCUGAAGAGGAAGCCAGGAGAGGGCUUUGGGUUCGUCAUCGCCUCUCAGGAUGUGGAGAACGGCAAAGCUGCUUCACUUCUCCCUCAUCGGUUUGUGACGGUCCGUCGAGGCAGCCCGGCGGCAAAGAGCGGUCAGAUCCGGCCUGGAGAUCGAUUAGAGGCAGUAGGGGGUCGCUCGGUGGUGACUCUGCCUCACCGGGAGCUUGCUCAGAUCCUGCGUCGAGCGGGAAAUACUCUACGCCUCACCAUCGUCCCACGCCCCAGCACCUAUUCUUCAAGCCUUUCAGAAACCACUGAGUAUGACCCUGGUCACAGAAGCAGAAAGGGUCAGAGGUCACGUCCAAAGCGUGACUCCAGGUAUUACAGCGUAGACCUGGAUCGUGGCCCCUCAGGGUUCGGCUUUAGUCUCAGAGGGGGCAGCGAGUACAACAUGGGCCUCUAAGUCCUGGGACUGAUGGAGGGGGGGCCGGCCUCACGGAGCCAAAAAAUGCAGGUCAGCGAUCAGCUAGUGGAGAUCAACGGGGACAGUACAGCGGGGAUGACCCACAGCCAGGCGGUGGAGCAGAUCCGCCGAGGAGGCCAUCGCAUCCACCUAGUCCUCAAGAGAGGGAACGGCUACGUGCCUGACUAUGUGGAGCUCUCCAGUUUGUCUCUAUGUAUGACCAACUCCAAGCUAGGAGAGCCUUGCUUCUAUGUCAUUGGACGGACAGAGAAUACGCGGUUGGUAAUGGUUCCUGCCGUGAGCACAGAAUCACCUCCCCCUCCCUCCUGCAUCACCCCAAGGAGCAGGGUGUGGCUGCAGUAG